UUAGAAAAAGGUGGAGAUGAAAAAGUAAACCUCUUAGCAUAACAACUAAGCUACUGAAGCAGAGUGAUUAAAUCUGCAAACUUCAAUAAUUGUUAACUCAUAUUAUCCCAAAAAGAGAAAUGGCUUAUGCUGGUCUUUCUUCACUUAUGUAUACUUUGGAGCAACUCUUGAAACCUAACCAAUUUUUGAUUUGUGGAAGCUGUACACAACAUGUUGAAUCUUUCUAUCAAAGUUUUUGUGUUCUGCAAGUUUUCCUUGAGGAUAUUACAAAGGAAGCCAAAGAUAUUGAAACUCUUAAGGUUAUAGAAGGGAGGAUCAGAGAUGUAAUAUAUAAAGCAGAAGAUAAAGAUGAUUCAAGCCUAAGAAACAUCAUUCUAGCAGAUUGCGAAGACGACCAACAAAGGGCUUGUAUAUUCUUCAAUGAAGAAUUGCUCAAAGUGGAAGAAGAUGUUGAUUCUCUUAGGAAAGAGGUGAUGCAGAUUGAGUUUAACAAUCAUAGAAACAAAUCAGCAGAAUUAGCAAGAACUUCCUCCUCCCCAGGAAAAAGUAGUAUUGAGGAAAAUAUGAUUGUUGGGAUGGAGGAUGACUUCAACACCAUACUAGAUCGCCUCACUGCCCAAACGGAUGAAUUAACUUUCAUACCAAUUUUUGGCAUGGGCGGUAUAGGUAAGACAACUCUUGCCAGAAAAGUUUAUGAUGAUUCAUCUAUUCGUUCUCGAUUUGAUAAACAUGCAUGGGUCACUAUCUCUGAAGAAUACAAUGAGAGACAAAUGCUUCUUGAAAUUAGCUCUUCAAUUACAGGAAGCAAUCAAGAAAUGAGCAAUGAUCAACUAAUGGAGGUUGUAUAUAGAGGUUUAAAGGGCAGGAGAUUUCUUAUUGUCAUAGAUGAUAUUUGGAAUGCUGAUACUUGGGACCAAAUGCAAAGAAUAUUUCCAAAUGAUGGUAAUAAAAGUCGAAUUCUAUUAACUAGGCUCAAGUACGUUGCUGAUUAUGUCAGCUGCCCUGAUUUUCCGCCUCAUAGAAAGUCUUUUCUCAGUCUAGAAAAUAGUUGGAAUCUAUUCACAGAAAAAAUAUUCCAAAAAGAUCCAUGCCCUGCUCUACUAGAAGAAAUAGGGAAGCACAUUGUACAUCAGUGUCGAGGAUUACCUCUCUCGAUUGUUGUCGUUGCUGGACUUCUUGGAAAAAUGGACCCAACGCAUGAUAAUUGGAAGAGAGUUGAGGGGAAUAUGAACUCAUUCUUUGGUACGGUAUCCGAGCGGUGCCAAUCAACUCUUUCUUUGAGUUACAGUUACUUGCCCCAAUAUUUGAGAGCUUGUUUCUCUAUUUUGAGGUUUUCUGAACAUAAGGAGAUUUAUGUUUCCAUGUUGAUUAGGCUAUGGAUUGCUGAGAAAUUCAUAAGGGCAAGAAGCAAUAAAAGGUUAGAAGUGGUGGCAGAGGAGUAUGUAGAAGAGUUGACUGAUAGAAGUUAUAUUUUGGUUGGUACGCGAAGGGCUAAUGGGAGGAUCAAAACUUGCAAAAUUCAUGAUCUUCGGCAAUUGUGCAUAAGAGAAGCUAAAGCUGGAAAUGCUUUGUAUGCCUUAAUUUGCGAUACCCCAUGUUCUCAGAAGAAAUUGCUUAAGGUGUUGAACGUAUUAACAACUCGUUGUGAUUUCUCUUCUGUAAUACCUCAGCUUGUAUAUUUGAGGUAUGUUGCUGCAAGAUUUAAGGGAGCUCUUUCACUAGCCAAAUUGAGAAACCUACAGACCAUAAUUCUUAUAAGCCUUGAAGAUGAAAAGUUGGAGUACCCACUAGAUAUCUGGACAAUGUCAGAGAUCAGACAUCUGGAUAUUAAAUGGCCACUAUAUAUAUCUAAUCCACUUGGGGCAGAAAAUCAUAGUAUUGGAGAACAACCUUUGUUUCUCAAUAACUUGCAAACACUUUACCUCAAUUGCUCUCCUUUUGCUGUGGAAAUCAUAAGAACUCCCAAUCUUAAAAAGCUAAUGAUUUUUCAUCAUGGCUCGCCUGCUUGUCUUGAUUCUCUUAGUCUUCUAAAGGAGCUGGAGACACUACACCUAGCAGUACAACGAAACUUUGACCCGCUUGUUCUCUCUUGGGAUAUUUUCCCUCCUAAUCUCAAGCAGCUGAAAUUAUUAGAUACCUGUUUAUCAUGGGAAGUUAUGAACUUGUUGGCUAAUCUACCCAAUCUUGAGGUGCUCAAAUUGUGUCGUCGGGCAUUCGUUGAAAGACAUUGGAAACUAAAUGAAAAUGUUGUGUUUCACAAAUUAAAACUUCUACAAAUUUUGUAUGGAGAUCUGGAAAGGUGGGAAGCAGGUAGUGAUAAUUUUCCGAUGCUUGAGAAAAUAUUACUGGAAGGGUUGUCUAAACUGAAGGAGAUACCCGAGAGUAUUGGAGACAUAAUGACCCUAAAAUUGAUUCAUAUAAAGUAUUGCAGCUCUGAUGUAGGGGCAAGUACAGAGAAAAUUCAAGAUGAGCAACAAAGCUUGAGAAAUUAUGAGCUGCAAGUUCAAAUUAUUAGUUCUGAAGAAGAUGAAACAACCUAUCUUGUAAAGAGGAUUCUCAAAGCCUUGAGAAAGUCAGGGGCUUUACCCAAGAGAGGAGAUUCCAACAAGGUUCUAAAGGAAGGAAAAGGAAGUGACACAUGUCAUAAAUAUGGAAGGCUUGGUCGCUACAUUAAGGAUUGCCCUAUGCAUAAGAUAGAAUGCAAGGAAUACGCUAAGCAGGUUGCUAGUAAAGAAAAAGGGAAAUAUUAUAUUCUUGUAAGGUUUAUUAACAAUACUAAAGAAUACAAGGUUGCCAACCAAGUGUUGGCAGCCUAUAGGGGUGAUGCCUGUAGUUAUUCGGAUGAUUUAGAACAAGGCAAAGAUGUUUCUGUGAUGGUAAUGGAAGAUGAAGUAUCAACUUUUGACUCUCUCCUUGCUAUGAUGGCAGAUACUGAUGAUGAAGAAAAUAGGCUAGUGACUCUCCUUGAAAUCAAGAAAAAUCUAAAAGAUUACUUCCUUAGUAAGUUGAGAUCUCUUGCUUCUGUGUUGAUUGAUUCUUUGGAUGACCUUAUUAAGGACAAAGAAAAUCUAAAUGAAACUCUUGAAAAGUGUGAGGAAGAAGUGAUCAAAUUGAGUGUCCUAGUGGUUGAACUCACUAAUGAUAAGGUAAAGCUAAAGAAAAAUCUAAUAAAGUGUGAAGAAAUGGUAGAGCCGAGAGUGCAAGCAGCUGAGCAUCAUGUAACCUGCAAGACUCUCUUAUGUGAGAACAACCUUCUGAAUAAAAGGAUAGACAAAAUCAUCAAGUGCAAUUCUAAAGGUAAAGGUGAAGGGAGUAGAAUGCAGUUUUAG